AUGGCUCCUCUCCGGGUUCUGUGUGUUCACGGUUACCGUCAGAACGGCAGCUCGUUCCGUGAAAAGACCGGAGCUCUGAGGAAGCUGCUGAAGAAGCAGGUGGAGCUGGCUUUCAUGAAUGCGCCGCUCACCGUGCAGAGAAGCAGCUCAGAAGAAGGAGAUGUUCCAAACAAGGAGAAUAAUUCAGGACCAGGAGGGGAUGAGGACCCAAGGGGCUGGUGGUUUUCUGACAUCCAGGCUAAGAGUUUCAGCGCUCAGCAGCAGUGUGAGAAGAGCCUCGGUCUUGAAGAGAGCGUGGCGGCUGUGAGAGAAGCCGUAACGGCCCAAGGUCCGUUUGACGGCAUCCUGGGCUUCAGUCAGGGAGCAGCUUUCGUGGCCAUGCUGUGCUCUCUUCAGGAGCAGAAACUGGAGCCUCACUUCAACUUCCGCUUCGUCAUUCUUGUCGCUGGUUUUCGCAGCGCCUGUAAGGAACAUGAAAAGUUCUACACGGCUCCUCUCCAGGUCCCGUCUCUGCAUGUGUUUGGGCUGGAAGACAGAGUGAUCCCUGACAGCAUGAGCAGGGAGCUUCUUCCAUCCUUCCACGACCCUCAAGUCCUCGUUCAUCCCGGGGGCCACUUUGUUCCUGCUGCGUCUGCUCACAGACAAACGUACCAGGACUUCCUCAAGAGGUUCCAGUGACACGUUAACGUUACAUCAAGUCAGUGAAAACUUGCUGCAGAGUGAGACUCAAGUACAUUUUACAGAGAAGAUUGUCAUUUUUGCUUGACAAG